AUGGCAGAGCCAAUUCCAACCUAGCUAGCUAGUCAUGGAGAUGCAUCCACCACCCAAAAUGCUUGCCUCUCUCACCAUGACCAUACUGAUGAUGAUGAUGAUGGCCACCUCCGUCGCACUUGCGUCGGAUGCAACGGCACUCGGAGGACAAGCAAGAGCGCUCCUCGUCUGGAAAGAUAGCCUCGACAACCAAAGCCAGCACACCCUGCGGUCCAGGGGAAACAUGUCGCUGCCCUGCAACUGGCGCAGCAUCAGGUGUGAUACCGGUGUGCACCCGCACCAGCAUCGACCGACGAUCAGCGGCAUCUCUCAGUGGGGGAUGCGGCUGAGAGGGACGCUAGAGUCCCUUGACUUCUCGGCCUUGAGGACCUUGACAUGCCUUGACCUCUCGUACAACUACCUCAUGGGAGCAUCCCACCCGGCAUUCAGGUCCUAGGAGAGCUCCACGCUCUCCUUCUGCAAGGCAACCAGAUAAGAGACUCAAUUCCACUAGG